CGGGACUGACGUCAGGAGGAGACGGGGAAAUCUCUCAAGAAAAGCCUGGAGCGGCGGCCGGGGCGCGCACAGCGCCCGCCGGGCUCGGCACCCCCCGCGGCCGAGCGCACCGCCCGGCAGCCCGGCGCCCCUGCCAUGGAUUCCUUUAAAGGUGGAAUGAAUUUGGAGAGACUGCCCGAGAGCUUGAGACCCCAACCCUCCCAUGACAUGGCUUCCAGCUUCCAUUUGCAAAGAUCCUCGGAACCCAGAGAUCCCAUCGAGAACUCAGCCAGUGAAUCCUCCGACACGGAGGUGCCAGAAAAAGAGCGCAGCGGAGAGCAGAAGAACGAAGACGGGGCCGCCGACGACCCGGCCAAGAAGAAGAAGCAGCGGCGGCAACGAACCCACUUCACCAGCCAGCAGCUCCAGGAGCUGGAGGCCACCUUCCAGCGGAACCGCUACCCGGACAUGAGCAUGAGGGAGGAGAUCGCCGUCUGGACCAACCUCACCGAGCCCCGAGUGCGGGUUUGGUUCAAGAACCGCCGAGCCAAGUGGAGAAAGCGGGAGCGGAACCAGCAGAUGGACCUGUGCAAGAACGGCUACGUGCCGCAGUUCAGCGGGCUGAUGCAGCCCUACGACGACAUGUACGCCGGCUACCCCUACAACAACUGGGCCACCAAAAGCCUCACCCCGGCGCCUCUCUCCACCAAGAGCUUCACCUUCUUCAACUCCAUGAGCCCCCUCUCCUCGCAGUCCAUGUUCUCGGCGCCCAGCAGCAUCUCCUCCAUGAACAUGCCCUCCAGUAUGGGCCACUCGGCCGUGCCGGGCAUGGCCAACUCCGGCCUCAACAACAUCAACAACAUCAGCGGCUCUUCGCUCAACUCGGCCAUGUCCUCCCCCGCCUGUCCCUACGGGCCGCCGGGCUCGCCCUACAGCGUCUACCGGGACACUUGCAACUCGAGCUUAGCGAGCCUCAGACUGAAAUCAAAGCAGCACUCCAGUUUCGGCUACAGCAGUUUGCAAAGCCCCGGCUCGAGUCUAAACGCCUGUCAGUACAACAGUUGACGGGCUGGACACAAAGCACCUCCGACAAAACACCGCCGACAAAAGCAAAGCGACGUUUAACGGAAAAGACAAAAAAAAAAAAAAAUAAAAAAAAUUUAAAAUAUUAAACCC